AUGAAUAUUACUACGGAUUCUUGCUAAAAAACACAUCAUCAAAACAACAGAAUUAUUGGUUUUUGUCUAAGAUGCAAGGACAAUUACCUGAGUUGCAAGUCUUGCUUUGCAGAAUUCCAUUAUUAGCAUAAUGAAGACUUUCUAUUAAUUGACAACAUUCUCCUAGUUGUAGAUUAAGUACUACAAAAGAUGAGGCAAGCAAUAGAAUAAUUGAAGACCCAUAAUUUAUUCGAUGUUGGUACCUUUAUCAAUUCCAAAUAUUCUUAACUUAAAGAGAUUGUAACUCAACUCAUGAAUUAAAACAAUUAAAUAAAUAGACUCCAUAUUUAGAUGUUUAACAACAACAUUUAAGAUAACACUUUAAAUGAGAUCUUGUGCUAGUUAAUUGUGUAGUCUUCUUGCUUCAGUGAAUAGUAAUUAGAGAAUAUUAAAUAAAUAUUUAUUCAAUCAUUUCAAUAGGUGUAAUUGGACAAUCAGAUUAGAGAAAUGCUUGAUAGAUGUACAUCUUUAUAUAUUUAUAAAUAAGGUUACCUCCUAUGCUCAAUUCAAAAAUAUCCAGAAGCACAUAAGUUGUCCUAAGUGUUGCUAAAAUUAACAAGUAAAAAAUACUUCCUCAAAACCUACCUUUCACAAUUUGAUAGCAUUACUAAUAAGGAAAUCUGGAAUUUAGAAUGCUUAUUUGGAAGAAAUCUUUAUCUUUUAAAAAAAUAUGAUCUGAGUAUUGAUUUCUUCAAGAAAUUAUUGUAAUAAAAUCAGAACGAACACAUCCUUGCAGAAAGUUAUAUAUAUCUCAGUCUUAACUUAAUUUAGACCAAAAAAUAUGCUGAAGCUUUGAAUGAGCUUGCUGUAUAUCGUACUUUGAACCCUCGUAAUAUUCUCAUUAAUUUUUUUGAAGGUUUUUAUGUAAUUAAUAUUUUAGGAUUUGCUUUAGAAAGAAUGAAUGAGAUACAAGAUGCUGUUUGGAAAUAUUAGGAACUAGCUCUGACAACUAAUGAUUUAUUGUACAAUUUAGCUUAUGGUAAAUGCUGAUUAAUAAAAAUUAGGAAAAAUCUUACUUUAAGCUGAGUUUUUCAAUUAAGCUGAAGAAGUGUUUGAAAGAAUCAUAUAGAAUAAUAAUCAAAAUGAGAUUGCCUAAAUCUACAAAUGUAUUUAUGCAUCUUAUAUAGGUUUAACCCUAUUAAAAGGAUAGAAAUUUCCAAAGGCUUUGAAAUAAUCGUAGAUUUUGAUUGAAUCCAAACAAAAGAGCGUUUAUGGUUAUGUCUUGAAAGGUAAAAAAUAUGGGAUUCUAAUUUAAUAGGAAUUAUUUUAAAAAUGUAAAAAAAGAAUCAGGAAGUUAAUAUUAUAAGCAAUUAGUUGAAUUUAUCUUUUCCUGAUAACAGAUGGAAUUAUUUAUUUUAAGGUUGCUAUUAUACAUUAUGAUAGGCAUUAUCUUAAUUUAAGAUUCCAAUUUUUGGGAUGCAAAUGGAUAUCUAUAAAAAAUAAUAGAUGAUAAAUAUAUUGAAGAAAAUGUAAAAAGGAUUUAGGUGCGCUCCUUACUGUAAGUGAAAAAAGUUCCAGAAGCUUUUGAAAUUCUGAAUAAAAUAUAGUCUUGCAAAGGAUAUGAUGCAAUGUUAAAUGAUACCUUUUAUAUGUUAAAACAAAUUGGCAUGACUUCUCAAGGGGCAAUUUUGUUUAAAAGGUUAUAUUAAAAAAAAAAAGAGGAUUCUGAAGCUGUGCAUUUUGAAGGUUUAUCUUUGAUUUAAAAUCAGGAUAAUGCUAUUAUAACGACGUGUAAUAUGAUAAGGCCUUAUAAUGUUUCAAUAAAGCAAUAGAUGCAAAUCCGAAAUAGUCUAAAUCGUUCUAUUACAAAGGUAUACUAUUUUGAAACCAAUAGGUUAAAUACAAUUUAGAACAUUCUAAUUUGAAUAAGCCAUAGAGUCUUACUUAAAUGCUGGUAAAACAAGCUAAAAAUAUAAUAAUCAUUUUAUAAGUUUCCACAAAGGAAAUUUAUAUUUAUUUUUGUUUUAAUUUGAGAAGGCCUUAGAAGCCUAUAAUUUUGCGAUUGAACAAGAUAAUUAAAUAGAAACUACAAAUGAAAGGAGAUAGAUUACAUUAACAAUGAAGGCGAUAAUACAUUGGUAUAAAAAAGAAGCUUAGAAUGCUCUUAAUUUAGUGGAUAGAAAUUUGUAGACGUCCACUUUUAUGUUAAGUAAUUAAUUUUGAAAAGGAAAUUUAGGCAGACUUUAUAAGGAAUUAAACUAUGAUUACUAGGCUGAUUACAAUCUAAAUCUUUUUAAGUAAAACAAUCCGGCUGAUAGUUAUAAUUUUCAAAAAUAAAAUUAUGAUCAUGGAUAGAUGUUCAUAAAAUAUAUGGAAAAGAACUCGUUAUAGUUUGAAUAAUUGGAUGAUAGUAAAUUUUGAUUCAUAUCAUAGGGGAAUAUGAAAUUAUGAAAUAUGCUGCAUGGGUUUUAGAUUACUAUGCCUACGAUAUUGAGUUCGGAUAUAAAGAUUGGGAUUACAAUAAAGUCUUUUAUUUAACAAUUUAAAAUGAAUAAGAUGAAAAGUUGAUUAGGGAAUAAUUAAAGCGUCAAGAAAAAUAUCCAAUAAUUUGA